UUGAAGUCCCAAACAAGUGCUCCAUAUAAGAAGCCAUUUUUCUCCCACUACUCUUCUGCCCCUCUCUUUUGUUUCACCUCCAUAGCCUUGGAAUAUCCAUCAUGUAGUUGUUCACAUCAAAAAUGGGAAGAACAGAUAGAAAACCUAAAUCUUACACUCUUCCUUCUUCCCCUACUCACUCUUCUUCUUCUUCCGAUUUCGAAUUCACCAUUCCCCUUUCUCCACGUAGUCGAAAAAUUUCCCCCAACAUAUGUCCCGCUGACGAACUUUUCUACAAAGGCCAACUCCUUCCACUCCACCAAUCCCCACGUUUGUCUAUGGUUCGUACUCUCCUUCUCGCCUCAUCCUCGACCUCUUCCUCUUCUGAUACCACGACCACUGCUUCUCGUGACUCCACGGAAAGCAGUGGUAGUUCCAACGACUCUCAGUACUCGUACUCGAGUACUGGCGACCUCGUCCUCCUCCCUGACGGAUGUGACUCAUCACGUCCUAGCUCUGUUUCAGAGGAGGACGAGUGCAAGCGCCUUAACAACAUCCCUUGCGGCACGGCAUCGGUCAAGAAGGCGGGUAAUAGUACUAAUAAGUACUUGAAUUUUUCGCUAGCGAGAUUCUCUUCUGUGUUCCGCAAGGAAUCUAAUAAGAGUAAUCGGAAUAUUAAUGAUUCUGAUGGAAUCUCAGGAUCUUUGCCUGCUCAGACAUCGUCCGUAAGACGGAUGAGUACGUCCGCUAGAGAAGUCAUACGUAAGUACUUGAAAAAAGUCAAACCAUUGUACGAGAAAUUAUCGCAAAAGCCUUCGGAGAAAAUUAUUGUUUCGUCACGUACGGUGACGUUAUGCAAAAAUAGUGAGAAUAUUUGUUCUAUGAUCAAAGAAAGUACUCAAAAUGCAACAAUUUCACAUUCUUUUUCUGGGAAUUUGAGGUAUCCAAGGAGGAGAAGCUACGUGUCGAGCUGUCCAUCGUCGAUGAGAUCAUCACCAAGCCAUUCUGGGAUCCUUAGUAGAAGUGGGUUCAACACGCCAACGACCAAUAAGGCGACGACAAGUGGAAAUUCAUCAGAUUCAUCAACGAUGGAGGAGUUACAAAACGCAAUUCAAGGUGCAAUUGCACAUUGCAAAAAUUCCAUGCUUCAAAAUCAUAAUGCUACUUAAUAAUAAUUUGGGUCAGUAAUGAUAUUUAACUAAUAUUUAAUGUUUUUUUUUGUCAAGUUAAAUAAGGAAGGAAAAAAAAAAGAUGAAGAGUAUUUGUGUUUGCUAGUUUAAUUAAUUAGCUAUUGGCGAUCUAAAGGUUUUUUAUUUUACUUAGUGGGUUAGUUGACUGAUGGAAGACAAGGAAUUUAACCUUUUGUUGUUUUUUCCCCUUUUGUUUCAUUAUAUAGUUUUAACCUAGCCGUUGUGUCUUGAUCCAAGUAAUUUUAAUUGAGUUGCAUGUGAAGUUAUUAAUGGAUCACUCAUUUGGAUUUUUUCUCU